AACAGAAAUAUUUAUCCGCCAAAACAGAAACAUUUUGGGCAAAAAUGAACCUGAUACAAAGAAAUAUAAAUCCUAAGAAUACCCCAACAAUGGCGGGUGAACAAAUUGAAGAGGUUAGAGAAAGUGGAAAAGUUAUGGCGAUUAUUGAGAAGGCAACCAAUUCAACUGAAUCGGAAGUUGAUCCUCGUCUUCUCAAAGCUAUAAAAACUAUUGUACGAUACUCCGAUUUUGAGCUCAAACUCGCUGCUCAAACCCUGAUGCAUCACAUGAAACGACAACACUCUCAGAUUAGGUAUCUUGCGUUGUUGAUAAUUGACGAAUUAUUUAUGCGAUCAAAGCUUUUUAGAACUAUAAUAACGGAGAAUUUAGAUCAAUUGCUAAGUUUAUCGGUUGGAUUUCGACGAAAUCAACCUCUACCAGCUCCGUCAAAUGUUGCGUCGGUUUUGAGAUUGAAAGCCAUUGAGUUUUUAGAGAAAUGGAAUGCGUCAUUUGGAAUUCAUUAUAGGCAGAUUAGGUUAGGGUAUGAUUAUUUAAAGAAUACACUUAGGUACCAAUUUCCUAAUUUACAGGCGAAUGCAGCGAGGAUUGAGAGGGAGAGGAGAGAAAGGGAGAUGAAGACACAAGAGAUUUUGACGAAUAAGUUUGAGUCAUUGAGGGAAAGUUUGCCAUCGUUGAGGGAGGAGAUUAAGUCAACCAUUGAUGAGAUUGGGGAGUGUUUAGAUAUUGCUAGAGCUAAUGAUGAGAAUGCGAUGCUGGAACCGUUGGAUGAUGAUGACGAGGAGGAGUUUGAGAGGAUUCGGAACCCUGAAUUGCAGCAGAUUCGGCUUGAUGCACUGAAGGAAGCGGAGAAAGUUCAUGAAAAUAGUGAAAAUAAAGUAGUGUUUGAUACAUUAAGGGAGUUGUUUAAGUUGUUAGUGACAAAACAUUUAGUUUCGGUGCAAGAGUGGAUAUCUAUUCUUAUUAGGGUAGAAGUUGAUGAUACUAGGUUUAGGGAUUCUGCGUUAAAAGAGUUUAUUGAUAUUCGAAACCAAAUUACUGCGGUGAAGAAGAAAUGUGAGGAAUCUGGUUGUGCUCUUCCUAAGAUCAAGGAUAGUGAGGAUGACGAUAUUUGGGAGGAGGGUACAAUUGAAUAUGCGGAGAUAACUAAUAGUUUAACAACUGUACAAACUGGAUCUAUGUCAUUGGAUACUGAUGUUCCCGAAUGCAGCAAUAGUGGGGCGAAUAAUAAAGGUGUUGUGAAACGUAGAGCGGGUGCUGGUGUUUGGGAUCCUUUGAAGGAGAAGCUUUUAGCUGAAGCUCCUGUCGUCAAAUGGGGAUCCUCGUUGGAUAAUUGGGGUGAGAAGAGGGAUGCCUUAGCUAACCAAAGAGGAUUAGAGCUAGAUGGUCAUUGGGGCAGGGUGGAUUAUGAUGCUACCAUACCAUCUGAAAAGAUUGCUGAGCUAAAUGUGCAUGCAAGUGUUUACAAAGAGGAGGAAGUGGAAAUUCAUCCUUGUCGUGCUCUUUUGCGCAAUGGAAAGCUUUGUCAAAGGAAAGAUUUGAGGGUAUGCCCGUUUCACGGUCCAAUUAUACCGCGUGAUGAUGAGGGUAGACCUAUUUAUCCAGAGAAUGCAGGGAAAGCUGCCAAUUCGGUGGAUGAUGAAGGUACAUUCAUGAGGCAAUGCUCUUCAACUGAAGAAAUGUGUAUUGAUGGAAAGGGCAUUUCGAAAGAGCACCUUGCUAAACUAGCAGUAAAAAACGUCAGAGAAAAGGACAAAGAGGUGAUGAAGAUGAAAGAACGAGCAAUUAAGAAAGCCAAACUGGCAAAGGUUCGGGAACACAAUGAUGCAGUUCUUAGAGAGGCUGCAAUGGCUUCAACCUCAACCUCAGCAGCUUUUGGGGAUGUUGAUCAGGGAGCCACGGAAGUGAGAUCUACCAUGCGAACUCAAAAGAAGACUCUUGCAUCAAUGGUGCGGAAGAAAGUGACAGCAAAAGAUAGAGUAGCAGAGAAGCUUUUGAGUACCCGAGCUAGAGAUGCAACCAUCAAACAGCUAACUCAGGGAGAGGAUAACAGAUACCGUGAAUCAUUCCCAAAUCAGUGGUAGCUGUGAGUUUUUUUAUAAUACAAUGCCACUUCGACAGACAUUUUAGAUACCUUGCGUGACAAUGCAACUUCGAGUCAUCGUAUGCCUCGUGUUCAUCAGUUGAUGAAAGCUUGACAAUCAUCUAUGAUGGUCAGAGGAGGAUUUAAAGCGAGUUCAACGAGGUCAGUUGACAUCACUUAAAAUUCAAAAUAAAAUAAUAAAAUCAAAUAGUAUAAAGAAAUAUAUGCUAGAUCAUCACUUAAAUUCAAAAUAAAAUCAAAUAAUAUAAGGAAAUAUAUGUUAAAUCAGUGGUUAGUACUUUCAUUUCCCAUAGCAUAGACCUAGGUUCAAAACUUAUUUACAGAUUUUUUUUUUCUGUUUAUUACCCCUAUUAAUUACCCCAAAUUUCUGAAGAAAGUAAAAGCCCAACAGGCAGCAGUGAGCCAGUAAAUGUCGAAGCCUUUCCCAAAGACCCAAACCCUCUGUGAGACUAUGACCGGCACCAUCUGACCAGCGACCGGCGUCUACCACUCCACUUGCCGGCUACUGCGCUGCACAUCACUAUCUUUUGUUGGACCAUUUAUGAUUUCUAUUGUUUAAGGUUAUUUUUUUCUUUUUUCUUUACAAUUUUUUAUCAUUUAAUCUUAAUGUGAUUUACAACUUAUUUUGAAUGCGAUUUUGUUUCAUAGUUUGUCAAAUAAUGACAUUAUGCGUCGCUUUCAAAAUAUGAAAACGCGACGUGGGCAUUUGCCUUAAUUUAUUAAAUGGUGAUUGUAAUUUUUUUUAUUAUUGACAUUAUUUUUUUUUUCUGUAUCCGCCCCUGAUGACGGUGGAGCGUGAAGUUAAACUAUGUUCAUUGCUGGCUUUAUUAGGUUUGUGUAUAUGUUUUGUUUACUCCUCUUUUUGAUGACUUUCUUGUUCACAUUAACAUUUCAUCACACAUUGUUUUAUUAAAUGUAACGAUAAUGAAGGUAAUAAAAGAAAUGUUUCUACUUUUUUUAAUCGUAUACGAGGUACAGUUUCACUGUGUAACCGGCUUCCGUGUCAAUUUGGGUCAUUUGCUGUAUUUAAAUUUUUAAUUUGAGAGUUUUCUUUAUAAAAAACAUAGUAAAUUUAAUGGAAUAAAGAGUAUUUUUAGACUAUCCAAAUAUGUGCUGCAACCAAGGGUAGUUAAUUGGCCUAAUACUCCAUAGUAUUUGUGUGAAAUAUUGUAAGAAAAGUUAAAUUACAUUGUACAUAGAGAAUCAUUUUAACCGAAAAAUUUGUAUGUUUCAAAAAAUUGAAUAGGAAUAAUUACAUGUUGUCAUCAUUCAGUAGUAUAUGGCAUUACAUGACCAAGGAGAAUUCUGAAAAACCGAAUAUUCCUAUUACGAAGAACUCUUGUACGAGAAACAUUCUAGCAAAAUCGUACACAAACUUGUUCAAUUUGUUGUUACUCCUAUUUAUCACCAUCUGGAAUUUAUCGAACAAUCAAAAUACUUCACGUACUUAAUUUCACACUAUGAAGAUUGAAAAUUUGAAAUUGAUGCAUCCUCAUUAAUCCAUCCAUUGCAAUUGAUAUUUGCAUAUUAUGAGGAGAAAUAUCACUAUCAAUAACAAUUUUAAAGAAAUUUUGGAUUAUUCAGUAGUUGUUACCCUCUUUAACCUCUUGAGA